AUGAGCCAUGAAGAUCCGAAGUUGGGACUGCAAGCCGGGGAGAAGUACUUCCUGGUGUACUGGCUGUGUUGCUGCUUGUGGUAUGAAGACAAGUCCGAUAAAGCUUCUAGCAGACACCCGAGCAGAGCCGAACUCAACGACGCGGGGCGACGGCGCCGGUCGAGCGAGCCUCUGGGCCGGCGGCUGGGCAGCAGCGCGGCCUCGCUGCACCUGCCCACCACCUCCGGUAGCCACAAAAAAGCUCUGUCAGCCCACCGAAGUCACGAAGACAUUGGACGCAGGAAGUCUCAGUGUGAAAACAAAGAAGAUGGACGUUAUCACUCUGCUCCCAGCGUCAUUGACGAGGUCAUACACAGGAGGGACUGGGAACGAUCCACUAAGGAACUUUAUAUCCCUUUGAAGCCCGAACCUAACUCCGAUCUGUCGACCAGCCCCGAGGCACCGCACGCGGAACCGGAGUCCUCAUCCGUCGAGUGCCUCAGACACGAGGAACAGCCAAAACCGUGCAAGAAACAUCACACCAACAUCAAAUCAUCUAAACAGCACAAUAAUAAAGAAAGUACGAAUGAUGACGUCAAAGAUUCCGACGCCACUGAAUUUGCGGACUUCUACAGCGCAGACACUCGGCGAGACAACGUCGACCAGAGCGACGCGGGGCCCGAGGACGUCGAUAACGAAGCGACCGUCGAUAAGUCGACGUCCUGUACCACCAAGGAAGUGAAGCAGUCGUUGAACGAGUCCAUCCGCAGCAGGGAGCGCCCCCGGUCCGCCCUCGCGCCCCUCGACGAGAACCAGCCCCGAGUCUUGGGGUUUAAUUUGGAGGAUGUCAUAAACCAGUUGGACGCUUUAGAUCGGUCGGGGGCCGUGCACCACAUCGCGGAGUCCCGGGGGAGCGGCGCGGGGUCCGCCCUGCCCCCCCCCGCCGCCGGUGAGUCUGAUUCAUUUACAAGGCCGCGUGGAUAUUGUUUGCAUGCUCGCAUGCUUACUGGAAGGGAUUUUGUGAAUUUUGAUUAA